CGCGAUCGAAUUUGCUUGGAAUCCGGAAAAUAAGGCUUACAUUUUCAAAUGUGUUUUGUGUUUGUAUAAAAUAUAAAAUAUGUAAAACUGGUAUUGUUUUUGCAUGUGUUUUGUGUUUCUUGCCAUUUAGUUACAGAAAAAUUUGAAAAACGCUGAAAUAGUGUAACACAGUUCCUGUCUCCUCUGUUCCUUUAACUCUGUGUAUCGCACUGCUUUUAGUAAAGUAAAGUGCAGGUCUAACAAAAUCAAGAAGCGUCAAGUUUCGCACAUAUGUGCGGACGAAUACAUAUGUACAUAUGUAGUUACAUGCAAACAAACGUUGUGAGUCAGCCGUUGACAACAAAGCAAACAAAAGGGUCAUAAAGGGUGGCUAAGGACAAAGAGGGAACAGGGAAAAAAGAAAACAGUAGCUCCGUCCAUGCGCACAGCUUGUUAAGAACCUGGUUUAACGCUAAACUAAUUGUCCCUGGUUAACAAUCGCGGAAAUCAAGGGAAAAGGAAAAGCCACUCAAAUUCAAAAUGUUUCAAGCCCUGCCCUGUCCGUCAAGGUCUACGCUCCACUGUGGAGCAGCAGCCAUUGCCACAGUAAUCAUAAUGGCCUGGGUCCGACCACUGGGUAUGCUGUUCCUGGGGUUCCUGGGCUUUUGGAUCUACUGGACUCGUUGUAGCUUCCGGAUUGUUCUUACGGACGAGUUGCGCGGCAAGAUCAACGCCUGGCAGCAAAGGAUCGACGACUGGCGUCACAGCAGCCCCAGCAUGUUCUGCUUGGCCAGCAGUGGCUGCUUGGGCACCCUCGCGGUGCUUGGACACCUUAUCUCCGGCUCUAUCCUGGUUCUGACAAUCCUGGUCGUCUCCGCCCUAGUCUCCACCAAAUACAACUUUAAGCUGCUGAAGAUUGAGCACAAGGACUUCCAAUGGUCUGAGACGCUUAAUUAUAACAACUUGGAGGCCGAGGCAGAAGACGAGUUUCUGCCUGACGUGAACGAGUCGAAUAUUUUUGUGCUGGAACGGGCCAGUGAUGUGGCCACUAUCAGUUCGCCCACCGAUGCAAAUGACGAAGAUGAUGAUGAGCGUAGCGACGAUAUACCUUCGGAGCUGCUCAUUCCAGACGUGAUACCCGAGAUCGAUGAGCACUCCACCGACGAGGAAGAUGAGCUUGCCCCAUUGGCGGCCAAGAAGCAGGCUAAACAGCUGGAGCAGAUACCCAAAGAGGAUGACGAUAUGAACUUCCGGAAGGGCCACUUCAAACGGGACUCUUCACUGUCCACUACGUCCUCCUCAUCAGAGGAAAGCCUGUCUAAGGGGUUGCUUUUCCCCGAUCACACCACCCUAGAUGCUAGUGGCAACACUCAGUUGAGCCAGAUAGCCGCUGGAUCGGAUCCCGCCGGAGAGCUUGUGGCACUGGCCGUGAAAUCACAAACUCGAGCACUUCUAGCCAACAGCGGGAAGCUUCUACCCAGCCUUGUUUCUGGCCUGGUGCAGUGGGGGGUGGGGGGUGCUGCCAUACCCAGUUCCGGGGAAGAUGCUACGGAUACGAGUCGGGACCGCGAGCAGCAGCGCAUUGUCACCGCCUUGGAUUCGUCGGAUGAGAGCGAUUUUGAGAUACUUGAGACCGAUGACUUCAAGUAAAACUUGGGUCGAAUCGCAGAUCAGUCCGAUUUGUCGAAUUAUAAAGCUAUUACCUUAACAUACGCAUUGCAUAAACACAGAACACAGACUACUUGGACAAUGGAAAGAAUCUAUUUUCCCUAGUGGGGAUCAGUUAUAUAUUUUGCUAAAAACUAGUGCUAUAUAUAACCUAAAGUAAUCUUCCAAAAUUACCAUAAAGUUAAGCCUAAAGUUAUAUUUUUUCGUGUUGUUUCUUUGUACAUUUUAUAUUACGUUAUGCUUAUUCCUGUUUUACUGUAUGGCUCUAGUUUAUAUUUCUCCUGUUGUGUUUGUACACAGACCACAGAAACAAUAACGAGCGACGACAUGCAACAUGUACAUAUAUUGUAGAAACACUCACCUAUAUGAAUGGCUCAUAGAGCUGUCGCUGUGAGGGCGUCAAGCUACUUAAUCUGAAUCCAAAUUAAAAGUAAAGUAUAAAAACAAAAAAAAAUCAAAAAUAUGAAGAUAUAUAUCGGUGCUAUAUCCUUCGAUUCAUAUGCCAUAUAACGUGCACAAAUUAAAAUAAAAUAAAUACAAGUUAGAAGACGCUAUCGUUUCACUCACGACGCCCGUCGCCGACCACCACUGUACGUUGUAUUGCAUAACUGAAACAUGAAAUUCACUUUUUUUUUGUGUUCUUAUUAUUUGCGUUAUGUAUUUUAAGUUGUAAUUAAAUUUGCAAAACAAAACUAAAUGUGAUUUUGUAAAAACAAAAGAAACUAAAAUAAAAAUCAAGAAGACCUCGAAUGGCGAUCUCAACUGUUGUCAACUGUCUAA